GGGAAGUACAAAGGCCGGCCAGUCGCAGUCAAAUGAGUUUUACUUCAAAAUUGCAGCAAAAAUGAAGAAGAAAACAUUCUGAAGUUUGAACAUUCGAAUAUUAUCAAACUUCUUCAUUGUGAAAGUGACAAGGAUUUCAGGUACUAUGCACUGGAAUUAUGUGCCGCUUCGUUAGAUAAGCUGUUCUUAGAUUCGAAUCACCCCCAAAAAUACGACGGACCUAUGCCACGUCACAUCGAAGUUUUUCAACAAUUAGCUUCAGGUCUCGAACACAUCCAUUCAAAGAACUUAAUCCAUCGAGAUAUUAAACCGAAAAAUAUCCUCAUUUCGUUGCGAACUGCCGGCGAAAAUGAAGAGAUAACAAUCAAAUGGGCAGACUUUGGACUGUCUAGAACAGUCAACGAGCGGGGUACAUUCACCAUGAAAAGCGGAAUCAAAGGGACAAAAAAAUGGCUUGCUCCCGAAAUAUUGAAACUUUUGAAGACAGGACAAGAGGGUCGCGGAGACGUAAGGAGCGACGUCUUUGCACUUGCCCUCGUUUUUGGAUAUCUAUUCUUGGACGGACAACAUCUCUACGGUUCUACUCAAAUUAAAGGGGAAAUUACCAAAAACGUAAUCGACGGAAAACCAAUCAACAUGCAGAAAAUUGAUGAAAAAUUACGUGGCCUAUACGAGGAUGAACUACUUCAAAAGAUGUUGAAAGACGAUCCUACCGAAAGAAUGACGUCAACACAAGUUGUCGAUCAACUGAAAUCUAUCAAGGAAAAGCUUGCUAUGAAAGAGAAUGAGUUACGACGACUAUGUGCUGAUGAUUCUCAGUUGGAACUAGCAGAGAAAAUGGAAGACCUGAUUCGGCUCGGAAUCGACGUAGGCGCAAAGGACGAGAACGGAAAGAGUGCGCUUGAUUAUCUGUACGAAAGCAGUUCAAGAAACCCCAACCAACAUAUAGACAACGCCAUUCAAAUCCUAAAAGAUGCAACUAUUACUCGAAGCAGUAAACGGAAAAGUGAAGAACCCCAUCCAGAUGAAAAUGAGCAUAAAAAGAGCGGAUAAGCUACCUAAAAGUCUAGCUGAAAAGAUCGAACAGCCAUUUCUUCUUUUCUUGUUGUCAUUCAAAUCA